CUUCCCCUUAAUGCCCUCCUUUUUAAAGGACUUUAAUUAAAUAGUCAUUUAGUUUCAGCAAAUUGUAGAUCGAGUACAUACAGAGAAAGUAUUCCUAAUUGAUUCUUCGCCCAAUCUCAGGAUUUGAAAAUAUUCCAAUUAAGAAUAUGCCUGUGUUUUUUAGUUACAAAUCAGAGGUCACAAAGUAGAGGUCACAACUUUAACAGUUAGGAGGAGGAUACAGAGAAUCCUAUUUGAAUUCUGGCAAAAGAUUUUGUGAGUUUGUGGUUUCAUAUUUGUUAGGUGGUUUUUUUCAAGGUUUGCUCAAGUAUCUGGCCCCCAAAAUGAGAUUUCCAGUAGAGAUUGUUCUAUUUCUACUAUUGAAUACAUGUGAUGCACAAGAGGUCAUUUGUGAUCCUCCAUCCUUGACUAAUGGCAAUGUACACAAUCUGAGAGAGAAAUAUAGAGGAGAUGAAGAAAUCUACUACCAGUGCAAAACUGGCUUUUACCCACCCUCUACUGGGAACAAGGCAACGUGUACCACUGAAGGCUGGUCACCUCUUCCAAGAUGUAAUUGGAAACCUUGUCAAUAUCCAGUAAUAGAAAAUGGAGAACUUUAUAAGCCAAACCAGAGUGAGGACUACAUUCAAAGAAGUUUUCCAGCAUCUAUUGGAAAAGAAAUGUACUACCACUGUAAUGACCAUUUUGAACCUGUCCGUGGAACUAAAUCAUAUGAUAGCUAUUGGACAAAAUUUAUUUGUACUGAAGAAGGAUGGAAUCCAGUGCCAAAAUGCAUUAGACAGUGCUCCAUUCGUUCAAUACCGAAUGGCCAAUUUUUACCAAAAAAACAAACUUUUAAUGAAGGUGAAGUGAUAACAGUUAAAUGUUAUGAAGGCUACAGUCUUCAAAAUAAUCAAGAAAAAAUUGAAUGCACCAAAAAAGGCUGGUCUGUUGUUCCAAAUUGUGAAAGGCUAGAGGUCACUUGUGAUCCUCCAUCCUUGACUAAUGGCAAUGUACACAAUCUGAGAGAGAAAUAUAGAGGAGAUGAAGAAAUCUACUACCAGUGCAAAACUGGCUUUUACCCACCCUCUACUGGGAACAAGGCAACGUGUACCACUGAAGGCUGGUCACCUCUUCCAAGAUGUAAUUGGAAACCUUGUCAAUAUCCAGUAAUAGAAAAUGGAGAACUUUAUAAGCCAAACCAGAGUGAGGACUACAUUCAAAGAAGUUUUCCAGCAUCUAUUGGAAAAGAAAUGUACUACCACUGUAAUGACCAUUUUGAACCUGUCCGUGGAACUAAAUCAUAUGAUAGCUAUUGGACAAAAUUUAUUUGUACUGAAGAAGGAUGGAAUCCAGUGCCAAAAUGCAUUAAACAGUGCUCCAUUCGUUCAAUACCAAAUGGCCAAUUUUCACCAAGAGAAGAAACGUUUAAUGAAGGUGAAGUGAUAACAGUUAAAUGUAAUCAAGGCUACAGUCUUCAAAAUAAUCAAGACAAAAUUGAAUGCACCAAAAAAGGCUGGUCUGUUGUUCCAAAUUGUGAAAAGCUAAAAACAUGUUCAGUACUCAGAAUGAAUUUCAAUAAUGGAUUUUUUACUAAUUCAAAUACAUAUUACGUUGUCAAUACAAGUGCAAAUUAUCAAUGUAAAGAAGGAUAUGGAACAACAAAUGGGGAAAAAAAUGGAUUUAUCACCUGUGGAAAAAAUGGAUGGUUGGGUCAAGCAACAUGCAUUAAAAUUUGUGAUAUUCCACGAUUCAUAAAUGCCAAACAAAAAGGGAAUAAGACAUUUCUUGAGCCUAGAGAAAGAUUAGAAUAUGAAUGCUUGGAUGGAUAUGAAUUUGGAAGUGGACAAACAAAAGGUUUCAAAACAUGUUAUGAUGAUGAGUGGCCUACAGUGGUUGAAUGUUAUGAAAAAGCAUGCAGUCUCCCUAUCCUACAUCAAAUGGAACCUAAUCUCAAGAAAGAGAAAUAUCAAGUUGGAGAUGUAUUGACUUUUCGCUGUUUCCGUGGAUUUAAAAUAGCUGGACCUUCAUCUGUGCAGUGUUAUCAGUUUGGAUGGUCCCCCAGGCUUCCUACAUGCAAAAUGGAAGUAAACUGUUGUGAGCAACCACCAGAAAUUUUGAAUGGCAUAGCUAAGGACUCAAAGAAGAAAGUAUAUUGUCAUAAUGAUGUGGUAGAGUAUAAUUGUGACCUUGGAUUUGUAAGGAGAGGACCCAGGAAGAUACAAUGCAAUGAUGGAGAAUGGACAACCUUACCCACUUGCAUUGAGGAAAAAAAAAGAUGUUCAGGAGUACCUGAACUUGUCCAUGGUUAUAUUCAGACACCUGAUCUGUCAUAUUCUCAUGGGGCUUCGGUGGAAUAUGGCUGUGUGGAGAAUUUUAUAAUGGUUGGAAAAAAGACAAGCACAUGUAUUCAUGGACAUUGGACACAGCCACCGACCUGCAUUGAACAAGACAGACUUGGGAGAUGUGCAUCAAAAAUUUUUGAAGAUUUUCAAGUCAACCUAAACAAUGAAUUUGAUGAUAUUGUCAUUAGUUACAAAUGUAACUGGAAUUCAGAAUUCAAAAGUACAAAGUGUAUAAAUGGAAGAUGGUCUCCUCCACUAAGUUGUUCAAAAGGGAAAUCUUGUGCACCUCCACCACAAAUACCUAAUUCUCAAGAUAUGAAUAUAACAAUGAAUUAUGAGGAUGGUGAAAAAAUUGGUGUUAUUUGUAAAGAAAAUUACCUUCUUCAAGGACAAGAAGAGAUAAUAUGUGAAAAUGGACUUUGGAAUUCAUUACCCCGAUGCAUUGAGAAAAUAAAAAAAUGUGGACCACCUCCACCUAUUAAUGAUGGAGACAUCACAACCUUCCCAUUACCUGAAUAUGUGCUAGAAUCAAGAGUGGAAUAUAGAUGUCAAAAAUAUUACAUGCUACAGGGUUCCAGAUUUGUGACAUGCAAAAAUGGAAUAUGGACAGAUCCACCAACAUGCCUUAGAAUUCCAUGUGGAGAACCACCUCAAAUACAUAAUGGUAUCAUUCCUAAAGUGUCAAAAAGUUAUGAAUUUGGAGAGGAAGUGACAUACACAUGUGAAGAAGGUUAUAACAUUGAUGGACUGGCAACUAUAACUUGUAGUGGAGGAACCUGGUCUAGUCCACCACAAUGUAAAGAUGUGAGAUGUUCAAGGCCACCCAGGUUUAAUAAUUCUGACAUGGUUGGCACUUCAAAAAGCUAUUAUAUGCCAGGAGAUAAAGUGGUUUAUCAUUGUCUAUCAAAUUUCCAGCCUGAAGGAUCAACUGAGGUAAUUUGUACAGGACCCAACUGGAAAGGGGAUCCUCAGUGCAAAGAUGUUGCCUUGUUUGUUCAACAAAACUUGAGACUAAGGGCACCAACAUGGUAUGGCAGCUCAUCAAGGUCCUUGAUACUUCCCUUGGUUAUUGAUAGAAUUUCACUUGACCUAAAAGAGAGAAUGCUGAAUGCAACCAGCUAUGAGCUGACAUAGCCCUGACUCCAGAGAGACAAAUUAAACUGGCUGAGAUGGUCCUCACGAGUCAAAAACUGGUCCUGCUGUUUCUUUGGACAUUUCCUCUUGGUGAUCCCUUCUUCUGGCCAGAUAUCAGCACUCAUCAAACUUUCAGCUAUUUUAUAAAACAACAUACCCCUCCUGGGUGCUGCCCUCUAAGACUUGCCCUUGUUGAAGUGUAUUUGAAUCUUGAAUCUUCUCCCCCAUAUCCGUAUUUCUAUACUUUGGUGCUCUGUUGGUCCUGAAUUAUAAUCCUUUUGCUUCAAUUAAAGACCCGUAUUGUUAAUUUGGAA